UGCUGCUGGCGGGAGGGACGCGGCGGGGAUCGCGGUAGGAGCCAAGCGGAGCCCAGGCGGCAGCGAGGCUGCGGGGCGGUGGGAGUGGGGCCUGCGGACUCCAUGGCGCCAGCGGCGUCCGUCUGAGUAGCGGCGGGCGGAUCCGGCCCCGGCUUCUCCUCGCCAUGGGAGACGUGCUGUCCACACACCUGGAUGACGCGCGGCGCCAGCACAUCGCAGAGAAAACUGGGAAGAUCCUUAGAGAGUUUCUCCGCUUCUAUGAGGAUCAAUAUGGCGUCUCCCUCUUCAACAGCAUGCGCCACGAGAUUGAGGGCACCGGGCCGCCGCAGGCACAGCUGCUCUGGCGCAAGGUGCCCCUGGAUGAACGAAUCAUCUUCUCCGGGAACCUUUUCCAGUACCAGGAAGACAAUAAGAAGUGGAGAAACCGCUUCAGCCUGGUGCCCCACAACUAUGGGCUGGUGCUGUACGAGAACAAAGUGGCCUACGAGCGGCAGAUGCCACCUCGAGCCGUCAUCAACAGUGCGGGCUACAAAGUUCUCACCUCCAUCGACCAGUAUCUGGAGCUUGUUGGCAAUUCCCUACCAGGGACCACAUCGAAAUCAGGCUCCGCCCCCAUCCUUAAGUGCCCCACGCAGUUCCCGCUCAUCCUGUGGCAUCCUUAUGCCCGGCACUAUUACUUCUGCAUGAUGACGGAAGCUGAACAGGACAAGUGGCAGGCGGUGCUUCAGGAUUGCGUCCGGCAUUGCAAUAACGGCAUCCCCGAGAACUCCAAGGUGGAGGGCCCUGCGUUCACAGAUGCCAUCCGCAUGUACCGCCAGUCGAAGGAGCAGUACGGCACCUGGGAAAUGCUGUGUGGGAACGAGGUGCAGAUCCUGAGCAACCUAGUGAUGGAGGAGCUGGGCCCAGAGCUGAAGGUGGAGCUUGGCCCACGGCUGAAGGGAAAGCCUCAGGAGCGGCAGCGACAGUGGAUCCAGAUCUCGGAUGCCGUGUACCGCCUGGUGUUUGAGCAGGCCAAGGUGAACUUCGAAGAGGUGCUGUCUAAGCUGCAGUUGGCCCGGCCGGCCAUGGAGGCAGUCAUUCGCACCGACAUGGAUCAGAUUAUCACCUCCAAGGAGCAUCUGGCCAACAAGAUCCGAGCCUUCAUCCUCCCCAAGGCGGAGGUGUGCGUGAGGAACCACGUCCAGCCCUACAUCCCAUCCAUCCUAGAGGCCCUGAUGGUACCCACCAGCCAGGGCUUCACUGAGGUGCGGGACGUCUUCUUCAAAGAGGUCACGGACAUGAAUCUGAAUGUGAUCAACGAGGGUGGCAUUGACAAGCUGGGCGAGUACAUGGAGAAGCUGUCUCAGCUGGCGUACCACCCCCUGAAGAUGCAGAGCUGCUAUGAGAAGAUGGAGCCUCUGCGGCUUGACGGCCUGCAGCAGCGCUUUGACGUGUCCAGCACUUCUGUGUUCAAGCAGCGAGCCCAGAUCCACAUGCGAGAGCAAAUGGACAACGCCGUGUACACCUUCGAAACCCUCCUGCACCAAGAGCUGGGGAAGGGGCCCACCAAGGAGGAGUUGUGCAAGUCCAUCCAGCGGAUUCUGGAGCGGGUGCUGAAGAAAUACGACUACGACAGCAGCUCAGUGCGCAAGAGAUUCUUCCGGGAGGCGCUGCUGCAGAUCACCAUCCCCUUCCUGCUCAAAAAGCUGGCCCCCACCUGCAAGUCGGAGCUGCCACGCUUCCAGGAGCUGAUCUUCGAGGACUUUGCCAGGUUCAUUCUGGUGGAGAGCACAUACGAAGAGGUGGUGCUGCAGACAGUCAUGAAGGACAUCCUGCAGGCUGUGAAGGAGGCCGCAGUGCAGCGCAAACACAACCUCUACCGGGACAGCAUGGUUCUGCAUAGCAGCGACCCCAACCUACACCUGCUGGCUGAGGGCGCGCCCAUUGACUGGGGCGAACAGUACGGUGACGGCGGUGACGGCAGCGACAGCGGUGACAGCCCCCGGCCCUCCGAAGCAGCCACCCUCACAGAAAAGCGCAGGCGUGCCAAGCAGGUAGUGUCUGUGGUCCAGGAUGAGGAGUCAGGGCUGCCCUUCGAAGCUGGCUCUGAACCGACAUCGCCUGCAUCCCCAGACAGUGUCACCGAGCUCCAAGGCCUGUUGGCCCAGGAUCUGCAGGCUGAGAGUCCCCCACCAGCCAGCCCCCUUCUCAACGGGGCCCCUGUCCAGGAGAGCCCCCAGCCCAUGGCAGUCCUGGAGGCCUCCUCACCGCCAGCCUCGCCCCUCCGGCAUCUCCCAUCUGGAAAGGCUGUGGACCUUGAGCCCCCUAAGCCCAGUGAUCAAGAGACUGGGGAGCAGGUCUCUAGCCCUGGUAGCCGUCCCCCCAUCCACACCACCACUGAGGACAGCGCAGGAGUGCAGACGGAGUUCUAGGCAUGGCCUCCAGGCUUCUGUUGGACUCUGCGCCGGGCUGCUUCUCCUUGGGCACCGCAGCCUCGUCUCUGGGGUGGGGUACACCAGCCCGUGCCUUGUGGGGGAGGUGGCUGGGGUGGUGUGGCACCUCCAGAGGUCUGGCCUAUCAAGUCACUUUAUGGGGUUCAGUACACCUGUUACUGCCCCGUUUUCUGUGGGCUGGUCUCCAAUACUGGAUCUGGUUUUGAGGGUUUCCUCUUUGUGCAAGGCGCUGGGGAGCCCCCCCCAUCCUGCCCUCGUGUUUCCCUCAUGGUGGUUCUUGAUGGAGGUGGGUGAAAGCAUUGGCACUGUGACUCAAGUCUAGGAGGCUGGUAUACUGUCAUCUCACUCUGGGGCUCCUUGGCACCAAUGUGACGAGGUGGAGGCCCAGUUUGUCCAGUUUGUCCUGGCCCUUCCCUGCAGGCCCCAAGGCUAGAUAGACUUUUGAGUGGACACUGGCUUCACUGUGCUGGCUUUUGUUGUGGGAGGGUGGGGCUUGGGGAGUCUUACAGGGGAGUGAUGAGGGGUCUGUGAUGGAAUGACAAAGAAUGUGUUAGUCUGUGCAGAGGAAGUGUCCUGAGGAGAGGAAGCUUGGGAGUGUCCGACUGAGGCCAGAAUGGCAAAGUGAAGGUAGUUGGAAGCUAGUGUGUCUCAGGCGCUCAGUGCUCCUAUCCAUCUGCUUGGCUCCCCAACCCCACUUUGGGCUGACAACUGCUCUUGGGCAGGGCGUAGAUGUGGGCUGGAGGAGCUCCCGAGGGCCAUGGCUCUGAGACACUGUUGACCAUCGUUGGCCUCUCCAGUCCCGUGUCACUUAACCCUGGCAGUUCCAGACCCCUUUCAAUGUCCUUGUGAGCUGUUUGGGUUCGUCUCCUCAAGCAUGAGGUUUGGUCAAACUAGGGUGACUCGGCUGGAUGACCCUCACCUUGGGCCUCCCACACUCAGCUGCUGGGGUGGGGACAGCGACGCAGAAGCUGCCUCUUCAACGCUCACAGGAGGCAGUCCCCUCCCAGCUGUGUGCUCAGUGGAUCUGCUCCCCAGAUACGGGCCUCAGACCCACAGGAAGCAGCCGGUGCUCAGGGACACCCAGUCCCCAGCUCCACUCCAACGUGUACUAAUUUCUUUGAUGCUCUCUAGUGCCUUGGGGGUUUCCACCAUCCUUCCAGAUAUGGUAUGAAGAAUCUAUGCAAACUGUGUAAGCUUCUGCUCAUCAAUAAAUGCUUUAUUUAA